AUGCUUGAAUGGAGACAUGUUGAUGGAUGUUGUGUACAAGAGGUAAGAUGGAGAGGAGCUUCAACCAGAGUCCCUACAGGUAAAGCACAUAGGUAUAAACUCUUCUGGGAAGGCAAUAGUGAUGGAAUAGGAGGUGUGAGCAUACUUCUUGCAGAGAAAUGGGUGGAUAAGGUUGUAGAGAUUGUGAGGAUGUGCAAUAGAGUACGUAAUCUCAGGCUAGUCUUGCAGUAUGGUAUAGCUACAAUUAUAUCUGCCUAUGCCCCACCAGCAGGCCUACUAAAUGAACAGAAGGAUCACUUUUACGAUAUUCUUCUGCAGGUUUCCUCAAAGACGAGUGAUAAUGGUCUCAUCUUUGUGGCUGAAGAUUUUAAUGGGCAUGUCAGACAGCAACCUGGUAUCUUCCAUGGUGUACAUGGGGGCCAUGGAGAAGCCAGCUAG